UGUUUGCAGCAUCCCUAGAGCAGCCUCUGUUGUGUAAAAUACAAGGAAGGGCAAGACGGGGGGAGUAGAUCCUAGGAGGCAAUCUGAGAACAGGAAGGGGAUCUCUUGGAGGCUGUCGGGAUAGGGUUACCUUGGUGUGUGGAGUCCAUCUUCAGAGAAAAUGGCUGAUUUGUCAAUGUAAACAGCCUGAGCAGUACCUGCAUUGCUAAAGGGGGGAAACAGAAGAAGAGGAGGAGGGGCAGCCACUGGUGGAAAUGCUGCCUCUUCCAAUGAAAUUUUCUCUUCUCUAGCCAGCCCCGGCCUGCCGCAGCUCACCUCUGAAGUCAUGCAUUUUGUAUGUUAAGGGUGAAUUCUCCAGAUCAUAUGGCCAAAGCAUCAUCAAUGCCUCAGCAGACCUCAAACCACAGGGAACCUGUGUCGACCAUGAGACACACCACACGCUGAGCAACGCAACAACAUCCACGCUGAGAUUGUAAAUACAUCCUUCAGUUGAAACAGUUACACCUGACCAUGGCUGUAACUGCAGCUAAGACAACUACAAGUUUACUCUCCACAUCUGCUACGACCACCGCGAUACCCUUCCUCUCGACGAGCUCGGGCACCAGAGACAAUGUCACCUCUAGAACAACAUUAAUGACUGUUACUAUAACAACAAACGAGACCAGCUUCAAUGCCACCACGUUUCCGGAGGCAGUGAUCGAGGGCUCAGGGAUGGGAAUGGUGCUCGUACCCUUUGGCAUCAUCACUGUCAUUGGCUUAGCAGUGGCAAUUAUGCUGUAUAUUCGGAAACGGAAGCGGUUGGAGAAGCUGAGGCACCAGCUCAUGCCCAUGUACAACUUUGACCCGGCUGAAGAACAAGAUGACCUGCUGGAACAGGAACUAUUGGACCACGGCCGGGAAGGCAGCCUCACAGGUCCCAAUGCCAAGACUCUCACAACCUCCCAGGGGACCACACAGAGGCCCAGUCGUCUGGUCUUCACAGAUGUAGCCAAAGCUCUCAACGCUUAGCGGCUUUCUUCCAUUAGUUGAUAUCAGUUUGCGGGGCCACUGGCCUCAUCGACACACAGACUGUCGCUCAGGAAGGAAAACAAAGGGACAACUUGACUGUUUUUGCGAACAACUGGAGCUUUUGUGAACGUUUUCAUUACCACCACGAUUGUGUGGAAUGGCAGUGGAUUAUAUGGGGAAAAAAUGUAGGGUGCAUGUACGAUAAGGGAGUUUAAAGGGAGGCAUCACGUAUGAUCUUGCACUGUUUGUCGCACAAAUGCAGUGUGAUGCACUUUUCUUGAAUCAUGUUGUGUCAUUGCUGUUAAAAUGUUUGGUAGCUUGUCAGUGAAGUUCUUUCGAGCUUCAAUAUCUACUUCCACGUUUGAAAAGAGAGAAAUGUAAAUUUGUGUUAUACUUAUUUUGUGGUCUUGCAUCUUUGAAGAGCGUGAACACUGGAUGUGUUACCAUUCUUGAAUGAACUGUCCCCUUGUUUUGUGUCUUCUUUAUUGACCAUUGAAGGACUGUUUCCAUCUGUAUACAUUAAAACUAUUUAAACCAA